AUCCGUCACGAGCGGAAGAAGAACAGUGACGUCAUCGCCCCGGCCCAAACAUGGCGACUAUGGACGUGGAGGAUUUCAUCGGACAGAACAGGCAGCUGUCGGAUUUAGUCGAGACGUUUCGCAGCUUUUCCGAAAGCGAAAAACACUGGAAGAGCAGGAGGGAGUUUCUGUUCAGAAACAUCAACGACUAUGAAGACCCUCACCUGGAUCAGCUGCUCGCUCUGUCUAUGGUGUGGGCGAACCACGUGUUCCUGGGCUGCAGGUAUGAUCCAGUGCUGCUGGAGAAGGUGAGAGAGAUGGCAGAGGGGAUUGAGGUGGAGGACGCUCCUGUUUUUAAGACCAGAGAUGAACUGAUCAAACAGCAACAACAACAGAAGAGGUGACGCCUGCACGACUCGUGUUGUUUCAGCAGCAUCAUUACUACAUCCACUUGACGAGGAACUGAUGAAGAACUGCCUGAGAUCCGUGGAUCGUCACUAUUUGAGUCACUCACACCACCUUGUAAUAAUGUCUAGCUGUACAUAUGAUGACCUGUUUUUUGGUAUUUUUAAAUGCUUUUUUAUUAUGCAUGUUUCAAUAAUUAGCCACAAUAAAAAUGAAUGCAUUCUCUUCA